GUCUACAUAUAAAAUAUUUAUAUAUAGAAACUCAGGGAGAGGGUAGAACAAACAAGUUGCUUUGCUCCCCUCUAGAGAGAGAGUGUCUGUAAAAGUUUACGGAGAGAAAGAGAGAGAGAACAGAGAGAGAUAAUGGAGAAGAUGGAGUGGCCUGCAUAUUUAGAUGAAUAUGAAAAGCUUGUGAUCAGAAUGACCACACCCAGGGUCAUUGUUGAUAAUGCUGGUUGUUCUAACGCAACCCGCGUUAUGAUGGAUAGUGCUAGGAAACAUGGGAUUCUGUUGGAGGCUGUUCAAAUUCUCGUGGAUCUCAACUUGUCGAUUAAAAAAGCUUAUGUUUCUUCGGACGGGAGAUGGUUCAUGGAUGUUUUCCAUGUGACUGAUCUUGCUGGGAACAAGAUAACUAAUGACAGUAUCAUUAGUUACAUUGAGAAGAGUCUUAGCACACUUCAUUAUAUGCCGACGCUAUCAAAGUGUGUUAAUAGUUUGACAGCAUUGGAACUCACGGGAAACGAUAGGGUUGGCUUACUCUCAGAGGUUUUCGCAGUAUUAGCUGAUUUGCAAGUUAAUGUGGUGGAAUCUAAGGUGUGGACACACAAUGGACGCAUUGCAUCGCUCAUUUAUGUUAAAGAUUGUGAUUCAGGGUACCCAAUAGAGGAUAAGCAGAAGAUUGAUACAAUUGUGACGCGGUUGAGGAAUGUACUUGAAGGAGAUACGGAUAUCAGAAGUGCUAAAACUGUGGUUUCUUUAGCUGCCACUCAUACAGAGAGGAGGCUUCACCAAAUGAUGUUUGCAGAUCGUGAUUAUGAGAGGAAGCCAAUAAUUUGGAGUAAUGGUGAUGCCCCAGCUGUCUCUGUUCAAAAUUGUUUAGAGCGUGGUUAUUCGGGUGUAAAUAUUCAUUGCAAGGAUAGGGCCAAACUCAUGUUUGAUGUUGUGUGCACUCUGACUGACAUGGAUUACAUUGUCUUCCACGCAACUGUCAAAACAGCUGAAGACCGAGCAAAUAUGGAGUUCUUCAUUAGACAUAUAGAUGGAACCCCAAUUAGUUCAGAUGCAGAAAAGCAACGUGUGAUUCUCUGCCUGAGGGCAGCAAUUGAAAGAAGGGCCUCUGAGGGUGUUCAGCUGGAGCUCUCUACAGAUGACAGGCCAGGACUACUGGCAGAUGUAAUGCGAACCUUUCGUGAGAAUGGUAUCAAUGUGACAAGGGCCGAGAUAGCCACUGCAUUUGACACAGCUCAAAACGUAUACUACGUUACAGACGCUAUAGGGAACCCUGUUGAUCAAAAGAUCAUCGAAGCAGUACGACAAAAGAUUGGAAUCGACAAAUUAAAGGUGAAGGAACUUCCAUCGACAUAUCAUGAAAAAGAAGAAAGGGAUGAUGAAGCCACAGCAGGAGUUGCUGGAGCAGUGCUGGUAUCCCUUGGGAGCUUGUUAAAAAGGAAUCUAUUCAACUUGGGACUGAUCAAAUCUCUUACUUGAAUGAAGAACAAGACAGGGUGUAAAGGGUAAUAGUGACUGGCAUAUAGUAGUACUUAGCUUCAUGGUUGAACAUGUGUACAUAUUAUAGCUUAGCUAUUAUAGUUAAGUUAGUAGUGUAGUUGAAUAGGUGGAGAUAGUAGAUAUUGGAGUAAUAUACUAGUACAUCAUAGUCAAGGAAUAGAAGGUAAAUGGGGCCAUCCCCACUAGUUUAUAGAGUAUUUUGGAUUUGAAGGAUUUCAAAUGGUGGAGGGAAAGUAAAAGGAGGUUGCUAGAGAAAGGUUACUGUUGCCUUUUAUUAUCCAUAUAGAGAUGAUUUGUAAGCAGAAUUAUAUAUAUAAUUCAGUAUUCUAAAAAUCCCUGAUUA